GCAGAGGAGAGAGAGAGAGAGAGAGAGAGAGAGAGAGAGAAGAGAGAGAGAGAGAGAGAGGGAGAGGGCAGUGCGCCGCGGAAGAGACAGCUGGAACCCGAUCACGCGCGCCUACCCGUCCGUAGAAUCGGCGGCGGCGGCGGCGGCCGCGCUCGUCUCCGGCGCCGACGAGCUCCUCGACCACGGAGAACGCGCGGACCGCGGCCAUGUCGAAGAAGAAGGCGCCCACGUCCAUCCCGUGCGAGCUCCCCCUCGCCUUAGACCCUAGCGUCUCCGCGCGCCCAUCGGAUCGUCCUGUGGCCUCCCAGUCUUCCGCACGUCCCCCUUUUCCGGCAGCCUCCGCCGCUGCCGCUGCGCCUGCGGCUGCGCCCGCGGUUCGUUCGCUCGUCGCCAACUCUUCUGGCAUGGACACCCGAUUCGACGAGGACGAACGGACAACCGCCGCCACGCGGCGCCGCCAGUCGCCCUCUCCUUCUUUUGCACCAUCGACGUCGAAGGCGACGGCGGUGGGACUCACUAGAUACGGUGCUGUCAAGUCCUGGGGGCCGAGGAGGGAGCUGGAAACUGGGGAGACCAGUAGGUGCAUGGAGGUGCUACUGCUAGAGAACCCAAUCGAUGCUACAAAACCAUCUCCUCUCCAUGUUGAUGAAGACAAGCAGGGUGAGGUUAUUGGUGGUACCCAACAGAAUGCUCCAGAGAGCUGUGUAACGGAGCGAGCACGACUGAAUCUGAAAUCUCGCUCCAGUGCAGUGGGACAAUCUGCUGGCAGUCCUCUCAAGGAAAGAAUUCUGGCUCCAUCAACAGCAAUGAAAAGAGCAACGGAGAACAAAUAUUUGGCGAACUUGAAGACAGAUAUUGUUGAGAAGGCGUUGAAAUAUGAUAGAAAAGAGAAAAUGAAGGAGGUUAUGAGGCUGAUGAUAUUCCAGAGGAGGGUUUUGUAUUAGAGCCUACAGGUCACGGAAAUGGGAAGCAAUUUCGUCUUCCGCACUCUUUGUAUGAUGUCCUCCACACUUAUCAGAAAGAAGGUAUCAAGUGGCUAUGGACAUUGCAUCUCAAGAAAUUAGGAGGUGCACUAUGUGAUGAAAUGGGCAUGGGAAAGACCCGGCAGGUAAAUUACAUGCAAUGGUUUGUUCUUUAGGUGUUAGAAUUUCAAUGGUUACUCUCAUUGAGAAGAGGAUGGCACUCGAGAUGGGGCAAUUUUCUGGUUUUCUUCAUUCACUAAAUACAAA